GUGGACCGACUGGUACACGAUCGUCAGCCGCGGCGAGUCGCUUUUCCCCCUCCUGCUUCAUUUCGCUCGUGCCUUCUCUCUCGCGCUCGCGUCUCCCUCCCCGUUGUCCGUCUCGCUCGCACGCACGUACACACGCACCCGCUCUCCUCUCUCUCGCUCGGGUUCUCAGGCCGACUUCCUUAAAUCUUUAUUUCAGGCUCGACCGCGAACUCGGGGCGAACUGGUCGAAGCGCGCGCGACCGCCCCGGUUUUUUAACCGUCCUCACGGCAAGCUUACCGCCGCCGUCGUCGUCGUCGUGCAUCAUCGUGCAUAGCCAGGGCAGCACCCGUCGUCGCGUGUCUAAAUUUGAAUACGCUCUGGCAGCGUAGAAGGAGAAGAAGAAGAAGCAGUGCCGUCCGCGCGUGUUACGCCGUCGGAGUCUCUCUUCGUCUUCGCCUCUCUGCAUCGUCGUCGUUGUUUGUUGUUGUUUGUUGUUCUUGUUGCCGCGCGUGAAAAGAAUAUAUUUUCAGAAAGAGACGCGCUUGGUUCCCCUAUCCCCCUUUGCUACUGUGUGCAUCUAGUCAACUUAUCUAGUCCCUCUUGCGAUAUCGAUAUAUACACACACGUCGCGGAUAAUAAAAGCUAACCUAUCUUUGUCUCUAACCGUGCGCGCGUGUCAAAACGGAGAGAGCAGCGAGUGCAAUUUACGCACGCGGGUGUGCGAGACGCACGACGACCUAAGAAUCAUUCACGACGACGUUAUUAACCCAGCACGCUUUUUUUCGCAAAGUGAUUAAACGGCGAAGGUGAAGAAAGAGGACGUGCCAAGAGAAGAAAGAGCGAGAGAGAGAGAGAGAGAGAAAAGAACUUGAAGAAAUUUGACAGAUCCGAUUUCGGAAUUUUUUUCAUCGACAGAAUCCAGAAAGAGUGUGCCAAAGAAAGAGAGAGACAGGAACACACGACGAGAAGAGGAACCUAAACCGUGAGUGCCCGAAAUUAAUUUUAGCGUGAAAUCGGCAGCAGCGAGAAAAUUAGUGCGCGAGGUUGUGGUGGUGAAGGAGAAGGAGGAGAAGAAAAGCAGUGGCGAGUUUUGUUUUGAUCGGCGAACGAUCGCGCGAUCUCGCGCCUCCGUCUUUCUCUCCAUUCUCUCUCUCUCUCUCUCUCUCUCUCUCUCCUCCUCUUCGUGUGUGCGAGAAGAACGGGAGUGCUGCUGCCGUAUCGCGGUGUAGGGAGAUAUCGAUCGCGCGCGCGGGACCAUUGACGUCGUUUCUGGAGAACGUAGUGAUAGAGAAAGAGGGAGAAAAGGAGAAAGAGAAAGGAAAAAGAGAGGGACACGACAAACACGCGCGUCCACGUUCCACGAGUCCGCGGCACCACGACGACGACGACGACGAGGAGGACGGGUAUAUCCUCGAUCGCCGGCGCAUGCACCAGGCGUAAAUAUUAUUCGCGAAUAUCAGUGCCGCGCGCGCGCCUCCUUCAUCGUCGUUGUUGUCCUUCAUCGUCGACGGCCUCGAGCGAGAUCGCGGCGCCGAUCCUGAGGAUCGGCCGCUCGCUCGGCCUCGCUCCCGUUGACGCUCACGCGGGGUGAGUGAGAUCGAUACUUACACACGCGGCUCGACUCGGCUCGGCAAGGGAUUCUACUCGGGUCGCCAGACCGACCUGACUCUCCCGUCGUCGAUAUGCCUCGCUGAUGAUCCAGCAGUAAGCCGCCCGAGAUCCGUGUUCUUAAUAUUCCAUCCAGUGAUUUUGAAGACUUGCCUCUUAUCCAAGACGUGGUGCCACAAUGGGUCGAAAGAAGAUUCAGAUUUCACGUAUCACGGACGAACGGAACCGUCAGGUGACCUUUAACAAGAGGAAAUUCGGCGUGAUGAAGAAGGCGUACGAAUUGUCGGUACUUUGCGACUGCGAGAUCGCGUUGAUUAUCUUCAGUUCGAGCAACAAGCUGUACCAGUAUGCGAGCACCGACAUGGACAAGGUUCUCCUCAAGUACACCGAGUACAACGAACCCCACGAGUCCCUCACCAACAAGAAUAUCAUCGAGGCGCUCAACAAGAAGGAGCAUAAGGGUGCCAUGUCUCCGGAGAGCCCGGAACCUGACGCGAUCGAAUACAAUCUUACCCCGCGCACCGAGGCCAAAUACACGAAGAUCGACGAGGAAUUUCAGAUGAUGAUGCAGAGGCACCAACAUAAUGGCAGCAGGACAAUGGGACAAUCGAAUUACACGCUACCAGUAACUGUACCGGUGAACAGUUACACCGAAUCUCUCCUUGGAUCUAGUCCACAGAUGGCACAUACCAGCAUCUCUCCACGUCCGUCAUCGUCCGAGACGGAUUCAGUGUAUCCUCCGGGAGGAAUGUUGGAGAUGAGCAACGGCUAUCCUCCGUCAGCGUCACCGUUGGGUGGUUCACCUAGUCCAGGACCUUCGCCUGCGCUCGGAGUCGGUGGUGGUAGCGGAAAUAAAGGCAAUCCGUCUAGGCAUUCGCCGCAACCCCCGCCCCCGCCACCACCGCCUCAUCCUCACAGGGCUAACCUUCGAGUGGUUAUACCGACACCACUCACACAACCUCUCUCUGAAGACACUAAUUACGAUAAUGCCCAUACGCAGUCUGCAUUGAAUACACCGGUAGUAGCGUUACAAACACCAACAGUACCAGCCGGAUAUUCUAGUUUUGGACCAACAGACUACUCCUCGGAUCUCGGAAGCCUUGCAUGGUCUCAUCAGAGGUACGUUGAUGACUUAUCAAUGUAUUCGGCAGCCACCAUGUCCAGCAUCAGUGGUCUUCCUCAUCUAGCUGUAUCAAGCAGUACACCACCACCAUCCACAUCGCCUUUACCCGUAAAGAUAAAAAGUGAACCGAUAAGUCCACCCAGAGAUCCGCAUGGCAACAGCGGGUCCAAUGGUGGACCCAGCAAUGCUAGUAAUCUACAUCAUACGAGCUUGAACGUCGGUCCUUCGUCCAGUAGCGGUCCGCCGCCGCAUCACGUGUCCCAUCCAGGAGGCCCUCAGACACUGAACCUAGUAUCGAGCAGACCGAGCAGUAAUCCACCUCCGUCCCACUCUGGUAGCAUAACGCCGACAAAUCUACCGUCCCCGGGUAGUGGCGCGGUUGGUGACAUUAGAACGAACCAUUCUAGCGGUGGCGGAGGGAACAGUUCCGACUACGAGAACGGACCGCUCAUGAAGCGCUCGAGAAUCACGGAGGGUUGGGCGACUUAAUGUCGAUCGAAUUGUUGCACUCGUCAGUUGUUUGAUACCUCCUCAACGUACAACGGCAUAUAUAGUGCUUGUGAGUUCCAGUAUAAUUAAACACAAACAAAACGUCUUUAAAAAGACCUUUUAAAACGUCUUUGAGAUACGUGUACUAUCUAUCGCGAUAACGAUAACUGUGGGGGUGGUAUGUUUUUCCCCGCUGUAGCUAGCGCGAAGUGAAAAAAUCUGUUUAUAUUUUGAAGCCGACACACACACAGAAUAUACAUUUAUUUGAAGGGAAAAAAA